AUGUAAGUUACUAACGACGAAUAUAUACUCCCAAAUCUACUUCAAGGAAUCACUAUUAGAAACCAAGUAUUUUAUUUAAACUAUUCAGGAAAUCUCAAAUCUAUCAUAAACAUUAGAUAGAUUACAUUUUAUUAAAGGAUUGCAUGAAGAAGAUAAUCUAAGAUUGAGAGCUAUAAUUACUGAUAUGUAAUAUAAUUUUGAAGCUGUCGUUGCAUAAAAGUAUUCUUUUUCAUAAAAUUAUUAGAAAUAUCGAAAUUUCUAGGCUGAGUGGAAGAGUGAAAUAUUUAGAAGAAGAACUUUAUCAUUUAAAUAGAUUACCUCAAAAUAAAUAUUAAAUUACUAAUAAGGAUGAUUUUGAUCCAUCCAAACUUAGAGAGUUAGAAAGAGAUAUUAAAUUAAAGGAUUAAUAAAUUUAAGAUAUCACUAAUGAACUCCAAUAACUAAAGGCAUAAAUUGCAAAUAGAAUUUAAGAAGCUACUAAUUAAGAAAGGAAAAAAGUAUAAAAUGAAUAAAAGGAAAUGAACUUACCUUUUUUAGUUGAGAAUGAUAAUUUGAAAAAAGCAAAUUCAGAUUUGAAUCGUUAAGUUAAAAAUAUGAAUGAUGAAAUGAAUAAAUUAAAAUCUGAAUUAAGUGAUGCAAAUGCUGAAUUAGCGAUAAGAGAACGAAAAUUGAGAGAAUAUUUAUUAGUUGAUAAAAUGCGUGCAGAAAAAGAUGAAGAAAUGAAAUAAAAUUUAAAACCUGUCUAUGUUAAAAUCUCAGAAGAUAAAAAUUUAUUAGAUGGAAUUUUAGCAUUAAUGCAUUAUAUGAGGGAAUCUGUAACAGAUAUAAUUUUUGAAAUAUUUGUUCGAUCAGCUAAUCAAGCUUUUAACAGAAAACAAAGUUCUGCUAUUCUAUUUUCUAUAAAUACAAAAGAACUAAAAAAUAGGAAUGUUCGAGGAUUUUUAAUUGUAUUAUAUUUAUAUAGAAAGUAAUUAAUAUUCAUUAAAAGUUAGAAUGAAGAAAUUCAUUAAAAUAUAUUUUCCUUAUUAUGGAAAAUUGAUUUUAAAUGAUCAUAUGGCAAGAAUAGCACUUGGAGAAGAUGAAUAUAAUUUAUCUGAAAGAAGAGACGGAACUAAUUUAUGGUUAGAAGAAUGUUUAGGUAAAUUAUCACUUUAAAAACGAAAAAGCGAUAAGAAUAAUGAAGAAGAUUCUGAAUACUAACACUUAUUUAGACUUCUUUCAUUAAGAUAUAGAUGUAAAUAUCCUAUGAAAGGAAAUGAUGAAAUGAGAGUGGAUUUAGAUAUAAGAGUAAGAUUAGAAAACAAAAUAUGCUCUUCACUAUUAAAAAUAUUUAUUGAUUGA